GAAUGGUCAGAUGUUCUUACUGUAAUCUAAGUUUGAUAGUUUUAUUUUCCAUCAAACGAAUCAGUCUGCAUGAGAAGAUAUACGUUACCCUGCCAUCAUCGUUGCUAUGGUGCAGCAUCACUGUUACUGGCAUCACCCUUCAGAUAACAGAUCAGCGUGUGGUCAUCUGGCUGUACCAGACUAUCUCACUGCAUCCGCCAAACCUCUGGGCGAUAUAUUGAAACAUUAUGGGUAACAAACGAGCCCGAGCCGACGAAGUUGUCAUGGACACCUUUAUGGAAGGUUACACAUCCUCAGGGAAGAAGAGGCGCUUUCCAGUUCACAAGGGUCUGGCUAAGAGGCACAUCUCUGCGUCCCUGGAUCCUCGGCUCCACCCACCACACUACCCGGAUCCUUUCCGCCCACUGCAGCCUGUCACCCAGUUCUACUAUCAUUUCCCGGCCGUGCCGACAGUCGUUGUUCCCUCCUUUCUGCCUGAAACAGGAUUUGAGCCGAUGGACUGGGAGCAGAGUGUUUAUUCAGAGACUGUUAUCCAUGUGUCCGAGCCAGAAACUCCCAUGGAGUGGGAAUAAGCCGACAGCGUUACUGUUUGGAGAGUUGUCAUCCCAAGGAAAAG